UUCCUCAUUGUUUCCUUAGUCGCGGAGGGUCGGAGCCCAGGGUCCUACUCUUUCGUCUUCACUUCGCACGGUCGUCGGCAUCUAUAGUUUCACAUAAUUGGCACGCAUUCUGACUUGACUUUGAUUUAAUUUGUACAUAUUCGAUGUUAUAUACUACUAAUUACAUAAAGGUGGCGUGUGGUUCUACUCUAUAAAGGAUGUGAACUGGUCACAUCCUCCCGACUCCCGUUGAUGUUGUACGAGGCGACUGACCUUCACAGCUGAUAUUCUCGGCCAAUAAUCGGCCGGUUGGAAAUGCACAACCCGAAUUUUGGAAAUGUCAAGAUUUAAUUAUUAAGCUGGGUCCGCAGCGCCAACUAACAAGACAUGUUAUAAAACAAGUUAGGAAAGCCGCCCGUCCGCUGCGCCUAUUGCGGUUAUGUUUGUUUACUCCAUAUUGUGCUGUGAUGCCCUACGUCUUUCUUUAGUAAGCGCUGCUAACACAAAAUGAGUCACUUCCCCUCCCCGCACGCGAACGCGGGGUAUGCUAUCCAUUCGGUUUGGAAAACAUGUUUUUAUUAUUUUUCUAACAUAACUAUUAGGCCACACCCCGAAUCUGUUAGUAAAACAUGUUUUUGUGUUAGCUAAUACGAAAACACAGCGCUGCGGACCCGGCUUUACGGAAGAGUUGCUUAAAUAUUUUGUUGUCGACAUAUCUAGUAAUGUAUUGAGUACCUACCUAUUAAUUCCAUGGGUAAUUGUUGUUGCGUUUUGUUCAAUAAAAAAAAAAGUCAGUCAACGGUCUGUCACUGUCAGAACAAUACAUUCUGAUGCCAUCAAAAUAAACUUGUUCCGGCUGUUCCUCUAGUUCUGUCGCAUUGUUCCUUUCCUUUUUGUAGAAAGAAAAAUAAGAAAAGCAAACAAAAUCAUCAUUUUUAGCGACCGAUGAAGCCAUAACAAGAAAACAAAGAGCAAUAUGUCCCAACUUCCAUCAGCACUCGUUGAGAUCAAAAUUGAACCAGAAUCAGCCGACAUCCCACAACAAUCCCCAGAUGAGAUCGAAAUAAAACUGGAACCAGUGGCUACUCCGCCGGUCUGUCUGUCUGUCGGUCCUGAGUCAAUUGAUGUUCCACCACAUGAGCAGGCAGAGGUCAAAUCUGUACCAGAAUCAGUAGACGUCGCUCCAGCUGUGAUAAAAGUAUUUGAUGAUAAUGUUGAAAUAAAAAGUGAAGAACCAUAUGGAUUUUCACAGCUGUCAGCAGUCGGAUCAAUUAACAUCUUUGAUGUCAAAUUUGAGAUUGAUGGACCCAUGGGGUUGACACUUGAUCCAGAGAUGAAGACUCACAGGGAUGGUGUUACCGAAGAGGUCGCCCCAGCCGACACGUCGGGAGCUGACAAACAAAAACAAGCAGGAAGUAGAACGACCAACAGGAAACAGCGCGAGUCUCGAGAGUCCAACACUCGAACUGCUCGGAGACUCCAGUGUGAUGUUUGUCAGCGGCAGUUUAAGCGAACUGAUCACUUGAAAGUUCAUUAUAGAACUCACACUGGCGAGAAACCAUUUCAGUGUGAAGUGUGUCAAAGGGCGUUUAAUCGAAAACUAUUAUUAUCUAAUCACUUGAGAACUCACACUGGUGAGAAACCUUUUCGUUGUGAAGUAUGUCUAAAGUCAUUUAGUAGAAAAGUAUUGCUAUCUGAUCACAAGAGAACUCACACUGGUGAGAAACCUUUUCGGUGUGAAGUGUGUGAAAAGUUGUUUAGUCGUAAAGUAUUAUUGUCUGUGCACAUAAGAACUCACACUGGUGAGAAACCUUUUCAUUGUGAUCUUUGUCGAAGGGCGUUUAAUCAAAAACCGAAUUUAAUAAAACACAUACGAACUCACACUAGUGAGAAACCUUAUAAAUGUGACAUGUGUCAAAAGAAUUUUACUCGAAAACACCAUUUAUCAUUUCACAUAAGAUCUCACGCCAAUGAGAAACCUUUUCAAUGUGAGGUUUGUCAAUGGUCGUUUAUUGAUAGAAACCAUUUAACGAAACACAUGAGAACUCACACUGGCGAGAAACCGUUUCAGUGUAAAGUGUGUGAUAGGGUAUUUAGUGUGAGCAGUAGUUUGUCACGGCACUUGCGAACGCACACUGGCGAGAAACCGUUUCAAUGUGCAGUAUGCCAAAAGGCGUUUAGAGUAAAAAGCCAUUUAACAAUUCAUAUGAGAAUUCACACUGGUGAGAAACCUUUUCAGUGUAAAGUGUGUCAAAAGGCGUUUACUGAAAGGUGCAAAUUGUCGAUUCACAUGAGCACGCACACUGGUGAGAAACCUUUUCAAUGUGAUUUGUGUCCAAAAACGUAUAGUCGAAGAUAUUUUUUGUCAAAACACUUAAAAGUAUCGCAUCGGUGAGUAACCGUUAGUUACAAAUCUAAUUUGCAAUCUUAUCUACUAAUAUUAUAAAUGCGAAAGUUUGUGAGGAUGUAGGUGUGUAUGUAUGUUUGUUACUAUUUCACGCAAAAUUUACCAAUCCGGUAUGAAAUUUGGUACACGGGUAUAAUAUAAGCUGGAUUAACACAUAUGGUACUUGUAAUUCCGAAAUUCCUACGGGAGCAAAGCCCUGAGGCGCAGCUAGUACUUCAUAAUUUAUCUUAAUUUGUAAUUGUCAUUUUGUAUUAGUCUAGCUUUUUAACGCGUGAAACAUAUGAUUUUUACAUCAUAGGUCAGACAAUAUUACUUUUAUAUUAUCUACUUUUAAUAUUAAUUGUAAAACUUCGCCAUGUAAGUUAUUGAAAUAAAGAAUUUAUUUAUUUACCUUGACA